AUGGAUUUUGACAAGAAAGGAGGGAAAGGGGAGUCGGAGGAGGGCCGGAGAAUGUCCAAGGCCGCCGGCCGGGCCAGCCAUGGCGUCCGAAGCUCGGGGACCAGCUCGGGGGUCCUGAUGGUGGGCCCCAACUUCCGGGUCGGGAAGAAGAUAGGCUGUGGCAACUUCGGGGAGCUCCGGCUAGGAAAGAAUCUCUAUACAAAUGAAUACGUAGCUAUCAAAUUGGAGCCCAUCAAGUCCCGGGCGCCGCAGCUGCACCUGGAGUACCGCUUCUACAAGCAGCUCAGCGCCGCAGAGGGCGUCCCUCAGGUCUACUACUUCGGCCCGUGCGGGAAGUACAACGCCAUGGUGCUGGAGCUGCUCGGGCCUAGCCUAGAGGACCUAUUCGACUUGUGCGACCGCACGUUCACGCUCAAGACGGUGCUCAUGAUAGCCAUCCAGCUGAUCACGCGCAUGGAGUACGUGCAUACCAAGAGCCUCAUCUACCGUGAUGUGAAGCCGGAGAACUUCCUAGUGGGGCGGCCGGGCACGAAGCGGCAACACGCCAUCCACAUCAUCGACUUCGGCUUGGCCAAGGAGUACAUCGACCCCGAGACCAAGAAGCACAUCCCGUACCGCGAGCACAAGAGCCUGACAGGCACGGCACGCUACAUGAGCAUCAACACGCACCUGGGCAAGGAGCAGAGUCGCCGUGAUGACCUGGAGGCGCUGGGCCACAUGUUCAUGUACUUUCUGCGCGGCAGCCUGCCCUGGCAGGGUCUCAAGGCCGACACGCUCAAGGAACGCUACCAGAAGAUCGGGGACACCAAGCGGGCCACGCCCAUCGAGGUGCUUUGUGAGAGCUUCCCAGAGGAGAUGGCCACUUAUCUGCGCUACGUGCGGCGCCUAGACUUCUUUGAGAAGCCAGACUAUGAUUACCUGCGCAAGCUUUUCACCGAUCUCUUUGACCGCAGCGGCUUCGUGUUUGACUACGAGUACGACUGGGCCGGGAAGCCCCUGCCCACGCCCAUCGGCACGGCUCACUCUGACCUGCCCGCGCAGCCUCAGGUUCGAGAGAAAGCCCUGCUCUACAGCAAAAACCAGGCACUUAACUCCACCAAUGGGGAGCUGAAUGCCGACGACCCCACCGCCGGGCACUCCAACGCCCCCAUCACAGCCCCUGCAGAGGUGGAAGUGGCUGACGACACAAAGUGCUGCUGUUUCUUCAAAAGGAGAAAGAGAAAAUCACUACAGCGACACAAGUGA